GGCAAUUAUACAGUCAAAUGAUAUAAUAAAAAAAAUAUAUUUUUUUUAAUAUGAUUCCUUCUGGAUUAUUAUGUUUGUUUCGUCGAAAUUUUAGUGUUUCGCUGAAGAAUAACUACAAGGUGGCUGUACUGGGAGCAUCCGGUGGAUUGGGCCAACCUCUCGCUUUGCUACUUAAACUUAACCGAAUGAUCAAGCAAUUAGAUCUGUACGACCUCGUUAAAGCUCCUGGCGUCGCAGUCGAUUGUUCCCACAUUGAAACUCCACCAAAAUGUAAAGGAUAUGGUAAGAAGGACCUUAAGAAAGCAUUAAAAGGCGCUCAUAUUGUUAUGAUAGCUGCUGGUCUCGGCAGAAAACCAGGAAUGACUCGAGAUGAUUUGUUUAAAAAAAAUGCAGAUCUUAUAAAAGAGAUAAUGGAAAAAUGCGCAAAAGUUUGCCCAAAAGCUUUAGUUGGAAUAAUUACUAAUCCAGUUAAUUCUCUUGUUCCAAUUGCUUGCGAGAUUUUAAAACAGAAUUGUGGAGAUCCCAAGCGUGUUUUCGGCAUUACUACUCUGGAUACAUGUCGAGCCAAUACAUUUGUUGGUGAAUAUGCCAAAAAAUCACCCUUAGAUAUAAAUGUGCCUGUCAUCGGCGGGCACUCUGCUGAUACGAUGAUACCCCUUUUCUCUCAAACCACACCGAAGGUCGAUUUAUGCGGAGAGGUUGUGCAAAAGAUGACGAAAAGAGUACAAAAUGCCGGUACAGAGGUGGUAAAAGCCAAAGGUAGUUCUUCGACGCUUUCCAUAGCCUACGCGGCUGCUCGAUUUACCAAUUCCCUCCUCAGAGGUCUUAAAGGAGAAAAGAAUGUUAUAGAAUCGGCUUAUGUGAAGUCGGAUGUCGUUUGCGGUGUUAGUUAUUUUGCCACUCCUUUGCUGCUGGGAAAGAACGGAAUAGAAAAAAAUUUGGGCGUAGGAAAACUCAACAAAUUUGAGAAAAAAAUUAUGGCGAAAGCUGUGAAAGCGUUAAAGAAGAACAUCGACAAGGGCGUAAAAUUUGCCAAGUCGUCUAAAUGCUAAAUUAUUCUAUUGUAAAUAAUUUAAUCGCCAACAAUGUUUUUAAAGAAAUAUUGCGGAAAGGUAAUUUAAGCCAAAUUAAAUUAUAUGAGAAAAUUUUCCAUAA